CCAAGAUGUCCCUCUGGAGCAUCAUCUCCCACAUGCCGCCGGAGGAGUUCAGUGGCCUCUUCACAGAGUUUCCCCGCAGCCUGCGCUGUCUCCUGGCUGACUGGCUGGAGAACCAGCCCUGGGAGUUCAUCAAUGGCUCGGACGCCUUCUGCACCAGCGUGGCCAGCGGGAUGCUCUCAGCCAUGCUGGAGAAGCUCCGCAGCGCUGCCGGCAGCGAUGGGCAGCAGUGCCAGAUCCUCCAGCAAGUUAGCAGCAUCGAGAAUGCCUACCGGCGGGACCCACUGCGGCUGGUGGCCGUCCUGAAAGCGAUCCUGGAGGGUGAGAAGGCCGCUGUGCUCAAGAGGGACCACCACCUGCCCCUCAGCUUCCACCGGCGGCAGGAGGAACUGAAGUUCAGCCUGGGGCUGCAGCGGCUGCAGCACCAUGUCCGCGAGAUCCAGGCACUGCGGGACAGCCCUGCAGCCUCUCUGCAGCUGAACGCGCGGGAGCCACAGCUGAAGACAGACACGAAACCCCCAGAGAGCGAGCUGCCUACCCUGAUCCUCGAGGCCGUGAAAGAGCUGGAGGCAGCCAAGCAGCAGGUACUGAAGAGGAUCCAAAUCUGGAAGAGGCAGCAGCAGCUGGCAGGGAAUGGGGCCCUCUUUGAGGAGAACCUAGCUCCGCUGCAGAAGAGGGUGCCCCUUUCCCCGUGGUUCCCUCGGCAGGUAGAGGUGUUAUCCAGCCUGGUCAAGAGCUCCUUCCUGGUAGAGAAGCAGCCCCCACAGGUGCUGAAGACCCAGACCAAGUUCCAGGCAAGUGUCCGGUUCCUGCUGGGCCCCCAGCUGCUGAAGGCAUCGGCCAAGCCCUACAUGGUGCGGGCUGACAUGGUGACAGAGAAGCAGGCACGGGAGCUGGCGCUCAGUGCCUACAGCAACACCCUCAGCGAGAGCACAGGGGAGAUCAUGCAUAACGUGGUGGCCCUGGAGACCAACCCCACCAGUGGGACCUGCUGUGCCAACUUCAAGAAUGUGCUGCUGAAGAAGAUCAAGCGCUGCGAGCGGAAGGGGUCCGAGUCAGUGACGGAGGAGAAGUGUGCCGUCCUAUUCAGCACCACCGUGGCUGUGACCCCCAGCAAUCUUUCCAUCCACCUCCAGGUCCUGUCUCUGCCCAUCGUGGUCAUCGUCCACGGGAACCAGGACAAUAACGCCAAAGCAACCGUGCUGUGGGAUAAUGCCUUCUCCGAGAUUGACCGGGUGCCCUUCGUGGUGGCCGAGCGGGUGCCCUGGGAAAAGAUGUGCGAUACGCUGAACCUGAAGUUCAUGGCGGAGGUGCAGACCACCAAGGGGCUUCUCAAGGAGCACUACUUCUUCCUGGCCCAGAAGAUCUUUAACGACCACAGCGCUAGCCUCGAGGACUUCCAGAGCCGCAGCGUCUCCUGGGCCCAGUUCAACAAGGAGAUCCUGCCUGGUCGGGGAUUCACCUUCUGGCAGUGGUUUGAUGGAGUCCUCGACCUCACCAAGAGAUGCCUCAAAAGCUACUGGUCAGACAGGCUCAUCAUUGGCUUCAUCAGCAAGCAGUAUGUCUGCAAGCUCCUGAGCACGGAGCCUGACGGGACCUUCCUGCUCCGCUUCAGUGACUCAGAGAUUGGGGGUGUCACUAUUGCUCACGUCAUUCGGGGCAAGGAUGGGUCCAGCCAGGUGGAGAACAUCCAGCCCUUCUCUGCCAAGGACCUGUCCAUCCGGUCCCUCGGCGACCGCAUCCGCGACCUAGGGCAGCUCCGCAACCUCUACCCCAACACCCCCAAGGACCAGGCGUUCGGGAGUCACUACAACAAAGAGCAGACGGGCAAGGACGGCCGGGGCUAUGUCUCCACCGCCAUCAAGAUGACAGUGGAAAGUGAAAGGGACCAGCAGCCCCAGAGCGCUGCAGGGGGCCCCUCCGAGGCCCCCCAGGCUCAGAUGUUCAGCCUGCCCGUGCUGCAGCCUGAGCUGCACCCAGAGAGCCUGCAGUCAGUGCUCAGCCCUAUCUGCCCCCCUGCUCCCUUCUGCCCCCAGCCCGUCCCCACAGGCUACCCUGCAGGUGAGAGCGACAUCAACAUGAUGGUCUCUGACAACCUCAGGUCUUCCUUCCCCAGCACAUCACCGAUGCUCUCACCGUCCCUGGUCGUAGACCCUGCGCUGCCCCGCUGCCAAGACCUUGCCUUCAGGAACCCCUUAAGCUCCCCAAGGUGGAUGCCACCCAGCAUGGACCUGCCACCUGGCUCAGACUUCGACCAGUUCCUGCAGGAGAUGUCCCUGGAGGGCCCUGCACUGUGCCCCCCUUUCACACCCUCCCUGCAGCGCAGCAGGUACCCCAGCCCCAAUGCCUCUUGCUGGGGGCUGGGGGAGUCUCGGUGGGAUGACAGCGUCCGGCCAGGGCAUGCAUGAGGAGGCUGUGGGGCUGCUGGGGGGGACGUCGGACUGUGACCCCUGCCACAGCCUUGUCUGGGUUCCUGGACUUGAUAUGACUUGUGCUGAGGUGGAAACUC